CCACGCACGGAGGCCAAGCUAAGCUGCAAGGGCCGCCGCAUACGCUCUCUAUAUACGCUGUUGCAGUUGCCUGGGCAUGCGGAGCCCUGCUUACAGCCACGAGAGGAGAAGAGUUGCGACUGGAAGGUUGGCUGGGAUGGCCGUACUGCUGCCGUUCAUGACCAGAGGCUGGGCCUUUCAAACGUCAUGCAUCAAUGCUCGCGCCAUGGGCGGCGCGAGGUUCCUUAGCUCCCGACAAGCUCUGACGGAUCGAGUUCCCAUCCCUCAGCAAGAAAGCCAUUGCCCUCCUGAAGAGGAAGCCGGAAGAGAGCGCAGUGAAGCGGAUCCCAGGGGCUUUUUUGAGCGAAUAGGUCGACCAAAAUACAUCGCCGCGCCGAUGGUCGAGCAGAGCGAAGCUGCAUUUCGAUACUUGGUUCGACGGCAUGGCUGCGGUCUUGCAUACACACAGAUGCUGCACGCCGAAAAGUUCGCACCUGAUAACGCUGAGAAGUUUCGUCGACGGCGCUUUGAUGGCGUAGACGACGAAGAGGAUCGUCCGCUGAUAGUCCAGUUCUGUGGCAACAACCCCGACACCGUGGUACGAGCGGCGCGACACGUCGAACAUCGGUGUGACGCCGUGGAUUUGAACCUGGGGUGCCCGCAGAAGAUAGCCAAGAAAGGGAACUACGGUGCCUACCUUCUCCCGAACCCGCAACUCUGCGAGGAUAUUGUUGCUGCGAUGAGCAGAGAGCUAUCGGUCCCUGUGACGGUCAAGAUCAGGGCGCAGGACAAGGAUUCGGACACGCUGGAUCUCGCUCGGAGAUUAGAGGGAGCUGGGGCUCAGUUGCUCACCGUACACGGCCGCACGGUUUCGUCGCAAAAAACGAAGCAAGGGGCCGCUAACUGGGACAUCAUCAGGAAGGUGAAGGAAGUCGCGGGCAUCCCUGUGGUGGCCAACGGGGGCAUCGAGACAGGGGCUGACGCGGAGCGAUUGCUGGAGGAGACCGGCGCAGACGCCGUCAUGUCGUCCGAAGGCUUGUUGGAAAACCCCGCGCUCUUCGACAGAGAUCUCAUCCCUAUUGAGGAGCUGCAGGGCGUCGAGGUGAGGAGGGUGUCUUCGUUCAGUUGCUAUUCUGCGAGGAGGACACCGCGCAUGUUCUUCACAUGUUUAACCAUAAACGCCGGCUUGCCGGGGCCUCAGGUCGCUCAUCGCAUAUUGUCGUUCACGACGGAAUACAUGGAGCUCGUGAAGCUGUAUCCAGCGCCAAUGAUCUCCAUCAAGGGGCACCUGUUCAAGAUGCUCUACCGGCUGCUGGAGUGCCACCACGACCUACGCGCCCGCCUGGGGCACUACCACUGCGACGCCAUGGAGGCGGAUGUCAUCAUGUGGAUUGAUGCGAGGAAAUUCGCCGCUCGGACAAUACGGAAGAAAGCACACCCGCAACGCGAGGUGGACCGAGAGAGACACGACACCGCAGCGGCCGUCAAGGCGGCUGCGCAGAAGAAGGCACGAGAAAGCGACCUAUCGUUCGGCACGUUCAACGUAUUCACGCUCGCCUACAGCGGUAGGAACCCCAUCGGUCACAGCGUGAUGACGGUCAUGCAGAUUUGUUCGGCGACUGGCUGUGAUGUGAUCGGACUACGUUCAAUUGCACACGACGGGUACGUCAUCAUCUGGAGUGGCGCCCGUGCUGGCACCAAGGACAAGAGGGGCGUACACGGUGUGGGCAUAGCGAUCAAGGAGGCCAUGUGGGAGAGUGUGGGCGAGGAAGGUAGGACGGUGGAGUGCAUUAGCCCGAGGCUGAUGAAGGUGUGUCUACAACUUGGCCGCACGUGCGGAGUAACUUUCGUGGUGGGGUACGCCCCCGCGGAAACUGUCCGCACCACCGCGGGCGGUGAUGUUAACGCCAAAGACUCCUCCUGGACUGCUCUCGACGCAGCGAUCCGGGAGAUUCACAGCUGUGACUAUCUCGUGGUGCUAAUGGACGCCAACGCACGCACUGGUAGGAGGCGAGACGGGUGCUGCGAUGCCAAGAUUAUGGGCGCGUACGGACGCGACAUUAUGAACAACAACGGGGAACGACUCCUUGGACUGGCGUCAGACAACCAACUCUCCCUGACCAACACCUACUUCCGGACACCGAAAGGUGGAGUGCAGCACACAUUCCAGAGCUCCAACAAGGGGAAGGAGAAGUACCGCCUCGACUUCAUCCUCAUGCGUCAGGCGGACCGGCGUUUCGUGCGCAAUGUCUCCGUCAAACGGGUCGACUUCAAGGACUCUGACCACAACCUCGUGCUUACGACUGUCCGCCUCCCCCCCCGUGUCGCACCCAACCGACGAGUGCGGGGGAACAGCGGAAGCAGCCGGAUCCGUAUCGACCUCGAGCGGUUAAUGAAGGACAAAUACCUACGGAUCGCCUUCCGAAACAGGGCCUCCAGCCGCCCUCCACCCACGGCGCUCAGGCGGCCAACGGGAGAGACCGCCGCCGAGCUAACGGCUACGGUGAUGUCGGCCGCUGCUGAGACCGCGCCGCUGGCGAGCGUGAGAUCUCCGAAGCGUCUAAAGAUUAAGGCGGCCCAGCAGCAACUGCGUGGGGCCUCAAAGAACAGCGCCUUCGAGGCGACCCUGAAGGCGAUGCUCAAGGCUGUUUGCCAUCCAGCGGCUCAUGAUGAGCUCGAGAGGAAGAAGAGUACUGCGGUAUUCGAGUGCUUCGUCGACCUCACCAAGGCCUACGAUUCGGUGGACCGAGACCUACUGUGGGACGUGCUCCGACGCUUCGGCGUACCUCCGACGAUGCUGGCGGUCAUUCGCCACUUCCACGAGGGCAUGAGGGCGCGCGUCCGAACGGACGACGGGCAGUACUCGGAUUGGUUCGACGUGGGCCAAGGCCUCCGACAGGGAUGCAACCUGGCCCCGCUGCUGUUCAACUUGUUCUUUGCCGCGAUGCUCAUGGUCGCCGUGGCCGAGUUCAAGGUGACGGCGGACAUGGUCAAAAUCUGGACACAAGUGGAUGGAGUAUACAUACAUACGGGCAACAAGGACAGGUCGGCGGGGAAGAAGACGACGGUGGUGACGGACGCGGAGGCCCUGUGGGCCAUGCUCUACGCUGACGACGCGGCCAUCGUCUCGCGCUCGCCGGAGAGUCUCGAGAAGAUGAUGUCGGUCAUCGUGCGCGUGGCCGGCCUGUUCGGACUGAUGGUAUCGGAGCCAAAGACGGAGAUCAUGUGCAUGCUGCCGAAAGGGAUCGAGGAACACCUGUUCACGGUCAGCGCCGCCGGCCAGACGUACAAGCAGACAGAUCGGUUUGUGUACCUCGGACGUACCAUCUCCGCGGACGGGAAGGCCGACCGGGAGAUCACGAGCCGCAGCUGCCGAGCGUGGAAGUGCUACCGCCGGAACAGUGCUUCGAUGUACGACAGGCGACGGGCCAACCGCCAGCUCAAGAUCCGGCUUCUCCAGGCUGAAGUGGUGGAGACUCUCCUGUAUGGGUGCGCCUCGUGGAGCCUAACAGCGGAGCACUACACGAAGCUCAAUGGGACCCACCGCCAGUUCCUCACACGGUGCAUCGGCUGGAGCAAGCGGAAACGCUCCGACCGCCCCCUGUCCUAUGCCCAGGCCCUCAUCCAGGCAGGCUGCGAGGAAACCAUCGAGGCCACCGUGCGCAAACGGAGACUGUGUUUCGCGGGCUUCGUUAUGCGCAUGGAGGACAACCGCCUCCCCAAGCGCAUGCUGUUAGGAGCGAUGGCGGGGGGCGUGGGAUACCGGGGCGGGCAGGAGAGCGACUGGGUGUCUCGUCUAGGAGAGGACCUCGUGGCCUUCAGCAUGGGAGACGAAAAAGAAGGAGGGAAAUGGAAAGCGAGCGCCAAGGACCCGGAGGUGUGGUACAAACAACAAGGUCGAGGACGGGGCGGCAUGGUUCACGAGGAAAUGGCAGAGGCAGGAGGCGGAAGCGUCCGCGAAGCGCCAGCUCGCGAGGGAAGCAGAAGCAGAGAGUACGACCAUCUCAGGACCGAAGAGAAAGAGAACCGGCGAAGCGGCGGUGGGGGGGAAGAAACGGCGAACGGGCACUGCUGUAGAAGCGAGUAGGGCGGCCGAGGCAACGCUUGUGGCGAACUAUGCACCCGGCUGAUGUUGUUGCGCCCGGUUUCCCU